GACAAACUAUAAAGUCCCAUAGCAUAUUCUUUCCUGCUUUCAAUCAAUUUCAAGCAUAUUUCCUUGGAAUCAACACCAACUCAUCGCUUCCAAUUAUGUCGACAAUAAACACUUCACUCGAGCAAGCGUCCGUUGUAGCGGCGCCGAGCAAAAGUCACAACUAUCGUAUUGCUUCUAUCCCAGCAGAUGGAAUUGGUCCCGAGGUUGUGAGUGCAGCAAUCGAAGUCGUGAAUAAGCUUGCACAAACUAUGAAGACUUUCAAGAUUGAGUUUACGCACAUUCCUUGGGGCACAGAUUACUACAAGAAACAUGGCCGGUAUGUGGAUGAGAAUGUCUUGGAUGUGCUCAGAGGCUAUGAUGCAUCUCUCUUCGGCUCUGUUGGCGCUCCAGACGUCCCCGACCACAUCUCACUUUGGGGUCUUCUUCUCGCCAUUCGAGGCCCCUUGCAACUCUAUGCCAAUGUUCGACCUGUUCGUACAUUUCCAGGCACUCAGUCACCUCUACGGUCCGCCAAAGCCUCAGACAUCGACUGGCUCCUCGUCCGCGAGAAUUCCGAAGGCGAAUACGCCGGUCAUGGAGGACGAAGCCACGUCGGCCAACCCUGGGAAACAGCCACAGAAGUAGCAAUCUUCACCCGCGUCGGCAUCGAACGCAUAAUGCGCUUCGCAUUCACAGCAGCCUCCACUCGCCCCAAGCGCCACCUCACAGUCGUGACCAAAUCCAACAGUCUCCGCUACGGCCUCGUUCUCUGGGACGAGAUCGCCCUCUCGGUCUCUAAAGAUUUCCCGUCCGUCACCUGGGACAAGAUGCUCGUAGAUGCGAUGACGAUCCGCAUGGUUCAGAAUCCUGCUAGUUUAGAUGUUAUUGUGGGUACUAAUCUACACAUGGAUAUUCUUAGUGAUCUGGCGGCGGCGCUGGCGGGUAGUAUUGGGGUGGCGCCGAGUAGUAAUUUGGAUCCCACGAGGAAGAAUCCGAGUCUGUUUGAGCCGGUGCAUGGGAGUGCUUUUGAUAUUACUGGGAAGGGGGUUGCGAAUCCGGUGGCUACGUUUUGGUCUGCUGCUGAGAUGCUAGGAUGGUUAGGGGAGGAAGAGGCGAAGGAGAAGCUGAUGAGGGCUGUUGAGAAUGUUUGCGAAAAGGGGAUUUUGACAAAGGAUUUGGGAGGUACGGCCAUGACUAAAGAUGUCACAAAAGCUGUUUGUGACGAGAUUGAAAGGCUGGGAUAGGGGUAUCACGUGAGCUGUCUAUUGUACCAGUAGUUGUCAAAUGAGAACGUUUGUCUGCAU